CGGCGGAGGUGGCCGGCAAUUAGGCGAGCGCGAGAGCGGUCGGAGUGCUUCCCGGUGGGGCGGAUCAGCCCCCUCGUACCGCAUUUAAAAAAGAGGCUACAUGAUCAGUGAGGAGCUUCAACAGCAGAUUGCUACAGAAGAUCAUUGUUUUUCCUGCGUGGCAAGCUGCCUUCAGAUAAUGUACAAUGGGACUACAAAUUCAUUUUGUGGUUGACCCGCAGGGGUGGUGCUGCAUGGGCAUGAUUAUCUUCGUCUGGCUUUACAACACACUCUUUAUUCCUCAAAUUAUCCUCUUUCCUCACUAUGAAGAGGGACAUACUUCAGCUGCAGCGAUACUGUGCUACUACUUAGUUUCAUUGUUUUGUAUGGUUUCGUUAUUGAGAGCCUCCAUAGCUGAUCCAGGAAAACUACCUGAAAGGCCAAAGAUACCACUCACAGAACAAGAAUUUUGGGAACUAUGUAAUAAAUGUAAUAUGAUGAGACCAAAGCGAUCCCAUCACUGCAGUCGCUGUGGACACUGUGUUAGAAGGAUGGAUCAUCACUGUCCAUGGAUUAACAAUUGUGUUGGUGAAGACAAUCAUUGGCUGUUUCUGCAGCUAUGUUUCUACACUCAGCUUCUUAGUUCCUAUACACUGAUACUUGAUUUCUGCCACUACUAUUAUUUUCUACCUCUGAAAAAAGUUAACUGGGAUCUCUUUGUAUUUAGACAUGAACUUGCCUUGCUAAGGAUAUCGACCUUCAUGGGCAUAAUAAUGUUAGGUGGAAUAAGUGGACUCUUUUACACUCAACUAAUGGGUAUUUUCACUGAUACAACAAGUAUAGAAAAAAUGUCAAACUGUUGUAAAGAAAUAUCGAGGCCCCCAAAGCCGUGGCAGCAGACCUUCUCAGAAGUUUUUGGCACUCGUUGGAAGAUCCUGUGGUUUAUUCCUUUCAGGCAGAGGCAACCACUGCGAAUUCCCUACCACUUUGCCAAUCAUGUCUAAACAGAUGGAUGAUGGGCACAGAUGGGUCCUCCAUGCUGGAAGUGUGUUACAGGUUUUAUGAUAAUAGAACUAUGACAGUCCUCAAGUCAAUUAAAAUCCACCUACUAAUCUUAGACAUCAUAAUGUGCCCCAGGCUUUAUUUUAAUAGUGAUCUUGAUUCUGUUGUGGCAUUAGUACUAGUUCUAAGUUUAAGUUUAAGGCAUAUUUACUUUCAAAUUAGUUUUCCAGAGAGAAUUCUUGUGUGUUUGAGGUUAAUAAAAAAAAACAGAAAUGAUUGAGAUACAUUACCCAAUUUUGUUUUGAUACUGGACAUUUUGAUUUUUUUUUUUUUUAAGGAUACACUGAAGUUUACAUAGAUUAAUAGAUUUCAAAUGAAGUGUCUCAUUCUGCAUUUAAUUUUUUAGUAUUUUUUAUUAGUAGAUUUAUCUAGAUUAUGUGAAGGUCUUUUUCUGCUAAUUGUGUUUAAAAUUAUCUGUCUUUUAUUUAUGAUGUAUGAUAUUAAUCAUGCAGUACAGCACUGGAAAAAGGUAGUAUUUUAACAGAAGCAGACUUUUUCCUAAACUUUUUCCAGAAUUUUUUUUUAUAUAUAUAAGGGAGAUCUUGUAUCUUAUGUUCUUACUUUUGUAAAAAUGUAGUCUUAAUACAAUAAAUUAUCAUUGUCCUUGUGUCAGUAAAAGCAUGAGAACAAAUACCAUAGGGGAAACUAUGCAGAUAUAAAGCAUGUUUUUCCCUUUUCUCCACAUGGACUUCCUUGUAACUUGCAAUAAUUCCACAUAUAAUCGAUUUAUGGUAUGAAUAUUAGAGUACAUACAUUUAAAAAAUGAGGUUUAAUCAGUCAACAUAAGGUAUCAUGUACGAAUUUAGAAAGUAGUUUGUGGUCACUAAAGUUAUACUUAACAUUUUGUUUUGGUUAGUCACUACUAGAACUAGAAUUAGAAUUACUUUUCAGGUGUUUAUAAUGGGCAGUGUGUAUGGAAUAUACUUUUUUAGUAUUUUAUUUAUAUGUAAAUAUUGAUGUUAUAGACAAGCAUUAAUUUCUAUGUAAACAGGGUAAUUGAACUGCACUAAUUUCCUCUUGUGUAUUGUGUGGACAGGGGACCAUUUUGCUCUUUUUCUGGGAUAGGAGAGUCACUUCUUUUUAGAAGUGGUUAACAAGAAAUGUUAACCUUAAGAUUAGAGCUGGUCAAAUAGUAAACUGAUACACAAAUAGAAGUAUUGCCUUUGUUUUGCUGUGAUUUAGAGCGUUGUGUUAUUUGUUGUUCAUGUAUGUCUCAGCAAUUGUCAGGUAUUUGGGAAUCCUGAAAGGUUCAUGAAAUGUCACAAGGAUAAAAUUCAUAGUUUGUGUUACUCACUAUUCUGCCUAAAAAGUUUAUCAUCCAGUCUAAGAGCAGAAAUAACAGCAUGCAACUUAAGUGACUACCAUACAAUAUGAAUAACAAAUAGUGAAUAGUCAAAGCAAACAAGACAUAAGCUGAAAAUUAUUUAUCUCAGGCUAUUUAGGAUUUCUAGCAUUCUGAGAGAAAGUUCCUUUCACUCUCUCUUUCACUGUUAGUUUCUUUGUGGGAGAGUCUUAUGGCUGUUGUUUAAACCAAAGUUCAAAAUGUCCAAGAGGUGAUGAAAAUGCUGAUGUGGCCUUUGAAAUUUACAAAUGGGCACUGUAUAAAGUAACUGCUGCAUCUCCUUUAAGAAAAAGGAAGUCGCCUAUUGUAUUUCCUGUGACACUCUGGGUUUUCAUUCUACUUAAAAGUGUUUUGCAAAACACAUGUAUCUAAAUAUAGGAUUGGGAUUUUUUUUAACUUGAUAAUGAAUUAGCGUAGUUUGCAGGUUGUAUCAUUUAAAUCAGUGUUUCUCAACUACCAGUCCCUGAGAUCUGCCUGAUACAGUUUAGGAAGGCAGCAAGCUGGUCCCUGGUAUCAAAAAGCAUGAGAAACUCUGAUUUAAAGCACUGAAGCCUUUGAUUAAAGAGAAGAUAAACAAGUUUAAAUGUCCUUGACUCACUCAUUAUGGGAUGUACAUUUAUUCCUUCUGUGUUUCUUACAUCUUCCUUUCGGUUGUUUAACUUUGGGGAAAACACAUUUGCAAUACAUAAAUUGUUGCAAUAUUGGACCAUGAAUUGUAAACAGUGCAUUUAAAUUUGGUAAACUGUACCUAUACAAGAAAUGAUGGGAGCAUGAAAUCUUUGCUAUUUUUUGUCUGUGUAAUUAGUCUAAAUCUAAUAUUCUGUAAAUAUAUUCCAAAUAAGAGGAAAUAACUAGACUGUGACCUUAUCCUAAAAUGACACGGAUCUUGAGUUAAAAAUAAACCAAGUCUGAAUGUAUAUAGUGUAAACUGUACAUAUAUAUACACAUAUGCAUAUCUGCAGUUUACAAGAUGUCCAAUUUGGUUGAUUAGCAGGUGUUUUUACCUAGUAUGGUUUAGGACUCUUGCCUGUUGGCCUUGUGGUGAAGUUGACACAUACUCAAGUCUUAGGGAGAGCUUUUCAUCUCUUGUUCCCCAAGUGCCCUCUUUUGGCCAAGUCAUGCAAUGACAUUAGCUCUUGUAUUAGAGAAGAGAUGAUGUCCCUGCGGUUAUAAUUCAUAGAUUGCUGAGGCCUCAUAGUCGGACAGUGAUGAUUUGGAGCCAUAAAACUGUUGGAGAGAACAGAAAAAAAUACACCCAAAGUACAUGGUUUGCAGGAAUCUAUAUUCUUGCAACUCUAGCUUAUAUCCCAAAUACAAAAGCACUGUUAUUGUCUUGCCUCAGAUAAAAAUGAAACAUGUCAGACCUCUUGCAAAUCCUCAGAAUAGGUCUGUGGUUUAUAUAACUAUACUCUUUUUGUCAAGUGAGGCAAAAUAUAGAUUGCAAAAUCCAAUACCGACUUCCCUUUUGAGCAAUCUGUUGUACAUUAAAAUUCAAAAAUAAAGCAUCAGAGUUACUAUUGCUGAAAUACAGAUACUCAUUCUCAUGUUUCAUGAUACACCCUUAAAUUUUGUCUAACUGUUAUGUGAGAAUGGUAAUGCCAAAGUGCAGAGGUUCUCAGAUUUUUUCACAGUGAUGGACUUUCUUGUAGACCUCUCCCUUUUCAGCCUCUGAAUCCCAUUCCCACACUUUGCCCACUGCAACUGUAAUGUUCAGUUAUACAGAAUGGUAUUAGGUCAGUAAUGAGUGAUCUGCUUCAUUUUAUACCCCAUUUUGCAUUUCUGCUGUUUUUCUAUAAAAUCUUCAAAUUUUGCAGGGCCCAAUUUGAGACAUCUUUAAUGGGCUUGAUUUUCAGUAAGUGCUGAAUAUCCAUCUUUUGAAAAUCAGGCCU